CUUCCCAAAAAAUCAUCGCCAUUUUACUUCUAAUCAUUAUUUUGCUCAUUGUAAUGGUAUUAUCCGUUGUAGUGACACUGAAAUCAUGCCCAUCGUGCCCAUCUUGCUCUGAAGGCUGGAUUGGGUGGGAAGGAAAGUGUUACUAUUUCUCUGAUAGUGAAGCAAACUGGAGUUCCAGCAAAAGCCGUUGCAAUUCGCAUGGUGCCUCCUUGGUCGAACUUAACACUGUGAAGGAAUUGGAUUUUGUGAAGCGAUAUAAGGACCGUACUGAUUAUUGGAUUGGCCUUCGGAGGGAGAAAAAAGGACAGCCUUGGAAGCAGCAAAAUGGUUCCCUCUUUAAUGAUCUCUGCUCAUCCUCCAAUCUGAUACAUGCCGUCAUGUGCCAACAAUGUCCUUCUGCUCUGUACAUUGGACAAACCAGCCAACCUCUACACAAAAGAAUAAAUGGACACAAAUCUGACAUUAGAAAUGGCAACGUCCAGAAACCAGUGGGAGAACACUUCAAUUUACCAGGACAUUCCAUCAAAGACUUAAAGGUUGCUGUAGUUCAACAGAAACCUUUCAAAAACAAAGUCCAACGGGAAGCUGCUGAAUUGGAAUUCAUAUGUAAAUUUGACUCUGUCAAGAUGGGACUGAAUAGGGACUAUGAAUGGUUAUCUCAUUAUCACAGGUAACUGAUUUCCUUUACAUAGGCAGGGUCAGGGAGAGUCCAGUGGCACCUGACAUGGGCUUUCGAGGACCACAGUUCUCUUUGUCAGAUGCAUCUGGCAGGGAGGGCUGUGGUUAUCGAAGGCUUGUGCUGCAGUGGAAUUGUAUGGUGGUGGUGGUGGUGCUGGACUCUUUGAUUUUGCUACUACAGACUAACACGGCAAACUCCUUUGAACCUUUACACAAACAAACUGAUCCCCACAUCAAAAGGAGCUGUUUGCCUCUCCAUAUCAAAGGAGUUGUUUACAUCCCUCCUCUCCUCCUCCCCCCCUCUAUAUUUGACCAGUUUCUUUCUGCCCUCCAUGCAUCUGACAAAGAACUGUGAUUCUCGAAAGCUUAUGCUACAAUAAAAUUGGUUAGUCUUAAAGGUGCUACUGGACUCUUUUUGAUUUUGCUACUACAGACUAACACGGCUAACUCCUCUGGAUCUAUGUACAGUAGUUGUAAUUCCUCGUUAAUAUCCAGAUUAGAGAUGGGCACGAACCUCAAGAUGAACUAAAGUUUGUCACAAACUGGGCUGGUUCGUGGAAGCCCAUUUUCUCAAACUUCCACAAACUGGUCUGCCAGUUCAUUUGGUUAAUGUUAAACCCCAAUACCUCUUUCUGUGCCACUGCUAAGCAGCAGGGAAAGGGGCAU